UGUGAGGCCGGUGCGGAGAGUCUUGAUAAGAGAUUUCUACUCAUCGAACCAAUAGUCAACUCCUCCUCCUAAAUUGCACACACACACAUAGAGCUCAGUGAUCGCUUUGCGAAGAGCUGGAUACCUGUAAGAAAAGAACGUCUGUUUUGUAAUAACCAGUGCUGGACACGAACAAUUGUGCGUUUUUACGCAUUCCUUCCUUACGUUUGUUAUUCUGUUAUAUUCGAUCGAUAUUCGUCGGUUUUGAAAUGUUUUGCGCCAGCAUCCACAAGCAGUAUUGAAAUUCGCUGUUGUGAACUCAAGAGUGGAGGCCAGGAUACUCACCACUACAAUUCUACCGUGUUUUUAGUUGUUUUUUCUUUCUGUAUUGUCUCUUGGAAUAAUUUUUGCCUUGUCCAUUUUGGUCGUAAUGCAAGUUGAACGUUUCAGUAGUCCUUGAUCACUUUAAUUCGAUGACAGACUGAAAUUGGUGCAUUUUUGUGCAUCUUGAAAUCUGCAAGUUGAGCGCUGUUACUGGAUCCAGAGUUUACAUUGUGGUUUACUGAUCUGAGGGAGACGCUUGCAAGUGUAGCCCUCCAGUCUCCACGAUGCUCUUCCACGGGCUCCCCGGAGGCGAGAUGCAGGGGGUCAUCGACGAGAUGGACCGGAGGGUGAAGGGCGAAUCUACCGCCAUCAGUUCGGCUAUAGACAUGGGGGAAACUGAGACGAGUAUGACGUCCAUCAACAGCGACCGUGUGGCCUUGUGCGCGGGAUGCGGGGGAAAGAUAUCUGACCGCUACUACUUGCUCGCGGUGGACAAACAGUGGCACAUGCGCUGUCUCAAGUGCUGCGAGUGCAAACUAAACCUCGAGUCCGAGCUUACCUGUUUCAGUAAAGACGGCAGCAUCUAUUGCAAAGAAGAUUACUACAGCAGGAGGUUUUCCGUCCAGAGGUGCGCCCGGUGCCAUCUCGGGAUCUCGGCGUCGGAGAUGGUCAUGCGGGCGAGGGAUUUGGUCUACCACUUGAACUGUUUCACCUGUACUAGCUGCAACAAAAUGCUCACGACCGGAGAUCACUUCGGAAUGCGGGACAGUCUUGUGUACUGCCGGCUCCACUUUGAGACACUCAUACAAGGGGAAUAUCAAGCGCAUUUCAAUCACGCGGGGGAUGUAGCCUCGGGCAAAGGACUUGGCGAGAGCGGCACGGGAAACUCGCUGGGGAUGCAGUAUUACAACGGCGUCGGUACGGGGCAGAAAGGAAGGCCGAGGAAAAGGAAAAGUCCCGGGCCUGGAGCAGAUCUGGCUGCUUACAACGCAGCGUUAAGUUGUAACGAGAACGAUGGAGACCACCUGGACCGAGACUCCCACUACUCCUCCAGCUCCAAGUCCAAGCGCAUGCGCACCUCCUUCAAACACCACCAACUGAGGACCAUGAAGUCCUACUUUGCCAUCAACCACAAUCCGGAUGCCAAGGACCUGAAACAGUUGGCCCAGAAGACAGGUCUCACCAAACGGGUGCUGCAGGUUUGGUUCCAAAACGCCAGGGCCAAGUUUAGACGGAACCUACUACGUCAGGAGAGCACAGGGAUGGACAAGGUGUCGGAUGGGUCCACUCUACCAGGGGGGUCGCCUUCGGGCCCCCACUCCGAGCUCUCCAACGCCUCAAUGAGUCCUUCCAGCACCCACACCACCCUCACGGACCUGACAAGCCCCUCUAUUCCGUCGGUUAACCCUCUACUGACCGCCGUGCCGGGGGGCAUGGACCCCCACGACUCCAUGAGUAUGAGUCCUUCCCAGACCACCCUUACCAGCCUCUUCUGAUGUUACCAACACCACCCCAUCCCAUCGCAGACCACCCUUACCAGCCUAUUCUGAUGUCACCGACCCCACCCCAUCACAGACCACCCUUACCAGCCUUUUCUGAUAUUACCUACCCCAUCCCAGACCACACUUACCAACCUCUUCUGAGGUCACCGAUCCCACACCACCCCACCCCUCCCUAAACCCAUCCAACACCACACCAGGUCACUCAAAGACUAAGAGACUGAAGAGAGAGACACUUAAAUACAUGAUAUUCCCCGUGGACCUCAGAUUACUGCCCCGUCUAUUUCUAGUCUUUGUAUGAGUAGCAACUAAAGCCUUACAGAGCGGUCGGCUUGAUUUCAUCAAGAGCUGAAGAUACUUUUUCUGUUUUCAUCUUUGUUUCCUUUCCACGUUGGCUGACUGAUACUACCAAGAUGUAGAUUCUCACUCCACCACCCCGACCACUCUGUUUCUAGGUAGAGAUUUUUUUUAAAUAUAUAAAAAAAUAAAAAAGACAAUGGAAAAGGACUGUGAAACUGAAAAUGUAUUUGGAAAAAACAUUGGAGUGUAAAAUGCAGAUACAAAGUACUGUAGCAAGGUUAUCCAGAAGACUCUAGCGUGCCUUAUAUAUUUUAUCACACUGAGGAAUCCCUGAUCGGAUAGAUGUCUGAUCUAGGUGGCAUAUUUCUUGAAAGAUUUGGUUGAAGGAUGGGUGACCCACUGACAAACCGCGUUUGCUUACAACAUGGCAAUGAAAGCAAUUCUACUUUACAAUUCACUCUGCACACAGUGAGGACUGAUCGAUGAAAUAGAAAUAGCAUUGAUGAGAAUUAGAAUUACAUUGAUAAAGUUAAUAUAAAGAUAUCAUGGUCAUUAUCUUUUAGACUCAGUCAUUGCUUGCAGUACACACCAGUAAUAGUUGGUUACAACUUCGAUAUUUUGUAACAAUAAACUGUCGUAUGCGGAAAUGAGAUAUAAUGUAUAUUGAUAUCUGACUCGUUGCUUGAUGGAAUUGCAAUGAUACUAUUUACAGUCCCCAUUUGAAUACACAACACAAGUAGCUACAACAUAUCUAGCUAUUUUCCAGCAUCACACUGUUUGGUUUAUGAAUUGAUAGCUGUAACAUAUGGAUGAAGUUUUCAUAUUGAGAUAUUAUCGGUCUAUUUGAAUAUUGGCUCAUUCGUCACUACAUAAGAGUUUAUAUCAGUAUAGUGUACCAGAUACACUUCUACAGUAUAUUGUACCAAAUGCACUUCUACACAUCAAAGAGGGGAGUCAUGCACACUCACAAGCGCACACACACACACACACACACACACACACACACACACACACACACACACACACACACACGCACACACACACACACACCGUACUUACCUCAGUCUGAAGGUCUUUCUAUGUUCUUACUGCUGAAACCCAGCACUCUGAUUUUGAUUCUCAAAGUCCCCACAAUGUAGGAUUAUAACAUAUAAGAAAAUGUGCUUAGAACUGAGAUGCUUUAUGGGUACAUCUAACAAUGGCACCCCUAAUCUAAAAAAAUCUUAAAGACCACUUCUAAAUACUUAUUUGCAAUUGCCCGCACAAAACAUGGUUGAUUGAAAUUGUCCCCACAACAUUGUUCCUUGUGGGGACCUGUCUGAAUAUUGGUUUUGGUACAGAGAAACCAAUCAGGGAUUUGUGUGGUUGGCAAAUGAACCAACUUUACCUGGGUUGUGUUCAUUCGGACACACAGUAGCAAAACGUUUUGUAAUGGAAAACGGAAAUGAGCGUUUCUUAUUAGACAAAUUCACGUAGUACCUCCUCGUUUUGGACUGUUGUUUUCCUGUUUGGUGCCUACUAGAAGCUGGUAGGACUAGGAGUGUUUCUGAUAUGGAGAAUCAAGCUGCCUUCCUUUUGACUGUGACUACCUUUACUUAUGGAUGAGGAUGGUGCUCUUACCUUCUCUUUAUCCUUGUAUGCAUGGAGAGCUGCUGUUGGGAUUCAACAUCCCUUUAACUACACAGUCUUUAGUUUGUUUGUUUGUCCUUCCAUUCUUGUACAGUUGCCCCCUUUUGAUGUACUUAAGCCUUCAGUUCUUUCAAAACAUAAAAUGGUGGACAAAACUUGACCUAGUCUGUUGUUUUUCUGAAGUUACUACCUAUAGGAUAUCACACGCACACGCACUCACACACACACGAUGCAUGUGCACAGAUGUGAACCUAUAUGUUUUUAUUGU